CGAAUGCUGCCCUUACAUAUAGAGCUCCUCCCUGCUGGCACCAUGUAGUGCUGUCUGAGAGCUGCUGGAGUGAUGGCUGCGCGUACUGUCUAUGAGUUCUCCGCCCGCCUGCUUGGCUCAGGGGAGAUCCUCAACUUCUCCCGCUUCAAGGGGCAAGUGCUGCUCAUAGAGAAUGUAGCAUCGCUCUGAGGGACGACGGUUCGGGAUUACACCCAGAUGAGCCGUCUGCAGAGCACACACGGCCCCAACGGGCUGCAAGUGCUCGGCUUUCCCUGCAACCAAUUCGGACACCAGGUAAGGGAUGCCGGGAGUAUGGCGGAUGGGUGAUGUGUGACAGGGUUAAUGUAUUAAUGAUAAAUGAAAUAAUCAUUUUGGGGACUGGGAGUCUUUUUUUUUUUAAUAGUUACCGGUGUACUUUUAUGUAACUGUUUGAGUCCUCUAACAUUUCUUAUAUUGCAGCAGUGUUUGUUUUAUUAACCAUACAGUACAUAGGUGUGCUUCUCCCUAACUAUCAUGGCCACUAGAGCUGCAGUGAAAUGUAAUGCCUUUAACUUUCAUGGAUCAGACUGAUGGGAGUUGGCAGAAUCUUGACUGUUGUGCAGCACUGUUAAUGGUUCAAAUGUGAUAUCUAGUACUUGUUGUUAUUUCACACCAGGUCUAAGUUGUUGGGUUGGAUUUUGGUGGGUAAAUGAUAUUUACCUGAAGGUUUUUACACUCCUUUGACUUUUUUUUUUUUUUUUCACUUCCAGACAAACGCACUUGUACUCUUAUGCGUGUCUGAGAGCAUUUUUAUCGGAGAUCUAGUGGAUCUCUCAUAGACCUUCUCACAUGCCUAAUCAAAUGUGUUGGUGGUGAAAGGUCUAUCCCACACACAGCCUGGUGUUUCUGUAACAAUAGAGUCCCUACUGUCUCAUGUAUCAUUUAGGUUGAAUUGAAAUUUCUAAGAUGGUCUUAGUGCAGUGCCAUUUCAAUGUCAAUCAAAUUGCCCUCAGUAUAUUUAAGCAUACAUGUUGUAGUUGUAAUUCUCCAUACAAAUCCCAAUCUUUAUUUAAUGCAGGAGAAUUCCAACAACCAGGAGAUCUUGAACUCUCUGAAGUAUGUCCGACCCGGAGGUGGAUACGAGCCCAAUUUCCCAAUAUUUGAGAAGUGCGAGGUCAACGGUGAAAAAGAGCAUCCCCUCUUCACCUUCCUGAAAGAGCAACUUCCGUAUCCCAGUGACGAUUCUGUGUCUCUCAUGGUGGACCCCAAGUGCAUUAUCUGGUCUCCGGUGAGGCGGAACGAUAUCUCUUGGAACUUUGAGAAGUUCCUUAUUGGGACUGAUGGCGUUCCAUACAAAAGAUACAGCCGCCGAUUUGAAACCAUUAACAUCCAGGCGGACAUUGAGAAGUUGCUAAAUGAGAAGUCAAAGUAGAAUGAGUAGCAAUGUCUGUGCUGCAAUGUGGCUAAAAAAACACUCCAAUUUUUUAUGCAAUAUAGUGCUAACACAUUGCAAAAAUGUAAUAUUGCUCCGGUCUGACUUUUCUGUUAAACUGACAUUUUUGAGUGCAGCUAUAAUUUGUUAUAUCUAACAUUGCAGCCAGACUUGCUAUAAUUUCUGAAGUUUCACUUCUUCUUGUGCUUCCUGCGCUGGCUUCUGUCACCUCCCCUGACUCUUACUCAUGAUGCCUUUCCUUGAAACGUGUAGAGGAAGGGUUGAUGUACCUUGUAAGUGGUCAGUGGGAGAGCAGUUGGUUUAGUAAGGGUGAGCAGAGAGAGGUUUAUAAUUUACUAAUAAAACUUAUUGUGGGAAAAAAUGCAGUUUUUUAUUUUUUUUUUAUUUUUUUUAGUUGUAUUAACUUGGUAUGGUGGGUCUCCUACAUAUUUGCCUGUAUUCAAAAUAUCCUUGGUGCCAACAUAAACACUCUUCUCCAGUGGGGAGCAAUGCAACGAAUAUACCCCAUGCACCUUAUUUAACACACACUAGAGGAAAUUGUCUGAUUUCAAGAAGGACAAAUCAUUAUGACUGUGCGCUUCUGCAGUCUUCUCUGCAAGUGCUGGAUGGGAAGUGAUCCUCCUGCAAGCCUUUCUCCCAGUGGGGAGAUGUUGCAACAUGUGGGUUUUGUCUGAUUUAGUGUGGUACACAAAUAGAGCAGCAUCUCAGUGUUUGCUAUAGUGUGUGAAUAAUUUAUCAGUCUGGCAUGGUUCACAGAGGGUUUUCUAUUCUGGUUUCUGUGGGGUUCCCCUCCUUAUCUUCAUUUUAUGGCAAAGAGAUCAAAGGGUCGUGAAUUCAAAAGGUAUUAAUCAUGCCAUGAUCUUGUUACAUUUAUUUUAUAAAAUAUUUUACCAGGAAAGAUACAUUGAGAUUUCUCUCGUUUUCAAGUAUGUCCAUACUUUUUUUUUGUUUUUUUUUAAUUGCCUCAGAGCAGUAAAAUUUUGGCUUUAUUUUUAUUUUUUUACGCAAGUGAUAUGGGGGUUUGAUGUUGGUGCUAUACUCUGUAUAAUUUAC